CAGGCUCCCUGCCAUUGAGAAAUUCACCGGCGCUGCGGGCGUGAAUAACUUUCUCUGCUCACCCAACAGCUGACGAUGACUCCUCUUCCUCGGUGAAACUCCCACAGCGCCGCCGAGCGAGUAGCGACGCUUCCUGGUUGCGAUCCGCAGCGGGACACAUGCGCGACACCACCGACACGGAGAGACCGGGGCGCUAGGGGCGUGACAUUAGGGGCGUGCCCCGCGGCGGCUCUUUGCCUGGCACUCGGCUUCGCCCCUCCAGCGUGCCGGACAGCCCAGCCCCAGCCCCGAGCAUGGAGACGGGCCCCCUCCUCGCCCUGCCGCACGACAAAGCAGAGCUCCUGUCGGAGCUGCAGAGAGGGGCCCCGCCGCUGGAUUUCUGCCUAGAGCAGGGCCCCCGGCUGGCUAGACCCCAAGACGCUCUGGCUCUCAACGGGGAGGGCACCCAGCGAGUGCUCAGUGAGCCUGUCAUCUCCAAUCGGCAUGACUCGGAGGAGAUCGUCACCUACAUCUCGGAGAGCAUGACGGUGACAUCGGCUGAUGAGGAGAAGCUGCUGCUUCUCAACAAGAACACGGAGCUGCGGCGCAUCAACAAGGAGCUCAUGAAGCUAAAUCAGGAGUGGGACCAAAUUUACCAUACCACUACCCUGGGGCUGCAGCAGAAGAUGGGGGCCCUGCAGCAGGAGGUGGUUAUCCUCAAGCAGCAGACGGAGAGGCUCUCCAUGAAGCUUGAGCACGAACAGAACAAGAGGGAGUACUAUGAACAAACCCUCAUCCAGGAGCUCAAGAAGAACCAGCAUUUACAGGAGUACGUGAGGCAGCUAGAAGGCAGACAGCACCAUGACAGGGAGAAGCGGACCUCGGCUGGCUCCGAAGUACUGGCAUCUGUGCCCUGGGAGGAAUUUGUAGAUGCCCAGUUCCCACUUCCCAGAAAGAGCCUGAAGGAGAAUUCACCCAAAAAGCACGAAGAAGCCAGUCAGAAAGUGCAGGGGAGUGAGACCUACAAACCCAGGAAGUGCAAGCACUUGACCCAGGUGAAUAAUAGCUCGGAUCCUGUGAAAGAGGUGACUGACCUGAAGGACCAGCUGGAGGCCUUGAAAUGCCAGACAGAAAUUUAUGAGGCGGAUUACAGGACGGAACACAAAGACCGGGAGCGAAUCAAAGCAGAGAAUGAGAAGCUACGGAAGAAGGAGGAGGAGAUGAGGCAGCAGAUGGCACUUCUGCAAGAGCAGCUUAAGAUAUUUGAGGAUGACUUCAGGAAGGAGCGGUCGGACAAGCAACUGCUUCAGCGCCUCCUGAAGAGCAAGGCCAGCCCCAAGGAGCCCAUCCUUGUUCAUCGCUGCAACAGCCAAGAGAGGCCAGUGGUAUCUGCCUUGCCUGCGCACUCCACUUCCUCCACAUCCAAGCGGGGCAACUGCAGCAAGCACUGUGAGAAGCACAGCCACAAGCAGGGGGAGUGUGCCAAGCACCACUUGCGGGAUGCUGAGGCAUAGGCAUCCCCAUUCAGCAGAGACUACUAGCAAGGAGAGACAUAUACAUCUUCCAGGCAGCACUUCUUAAGCUAACAUACAUGGUCUCUCCAGCAGUCACCUGCUGCUGGGUGCAUGUCUCCAGCCACAGGAACCAGCACUGCUCUCCUGCAGAGGCCAUCAGGAGCUGCUUUCAACACCAUAGAUGCUUUCAGCAGCCACACCUUCCAUUGGUUAUAGCUCAGACAAUCAGGGCUUGAGGUUUCAGCGGCCCCAUAGAGCAGAAGCCCAAGUUAAUUUACUUGCUUCCUCCCUAUUUUUCUCCAAGCUACUGAAAUAAGAAUGGAAGGUUUGUGCCUGGAUUGGAGCUCAUCUCUUAGAGCCAUCCAAGCAGCUUCACCUUGCUCCCGGGCAUCACCUGCUUAAAUCUACCUUGCAAGUAAUUCUGGGGCAGGGAAAGCUUGACAAGAAGCAUGUACAUUGCCCCCCACAUCAAGAAGAGUGUUGAGAAUAAAAGACCCUUGGACACAGGGGAUGGAAGUGGGGGUAAUGCUAGAGUCUGGAAAGGGUUCACCCCACCCCGCCUUGAGUCCUUAGCUGUAAGUCAUCCUAUAUUCUAGCAAUGCCUCCCAGUGCAGCUGCUGCUCCAGCAAAGGGUUUCUCAGUGAUUCAAUUUCUCAAGGGAUUUCAGCAGCUCCCCACUCCAGCCUCAAACUCAGCCAGCAAGGACUGGGGCCAACUGUUACCUUUAUUUAUUUUAACCAAUCUCCUGGAUCCCAUAGAGUUGGUACUUUAUAUAAGUGAUUAAAAAUAAAUAAAAUAAAUACAAAUGUC